AAUUUUAGGAUUAACCUGUGUUUGGAGAUUAGAUGGAUAUCGUGGAAAUUGGAAUGCGAGGCAUAUUUUCACAACCGUCACAUGAUCAAGAUUUUAGAUUUUCCCCAUGGCUAUCAGUUUUAUUAGGAGUAAACACUGAGAAAAGAUGGCAACACCGGGGCGGUGGCAUAAUCAGUAUCGGUGUGGGAUGCGCGCGCCGAGCAGACGGCGCUAGUGUGUGCGGCACACGAGUCUCGGCCCUGCGACGGGUCAGAGCGCGCGUGCGGGCGCGUGUCGCGAGCGGCGAGUGGCGUGCGGCGUGUACCGGGUGCGGAGCGGGCCAGCCGCCGGGGUGGCCGCGCGGAGCGGCGCGCGACAUGGGGCGGCGGUAACGGCGCGGAUGUGCGCGCGAUCCGAGGCUGUGGAGCUGGAGGUGCUGGGCGCGGAGGGCGGAGAGCCGCGCGUGCCGCCGCGCCCGCUGCGCCUGUCCCUCCUCGAGCUGCUGGGCAAGCUGGUGCGCCGAGACCAGCCCGCCCCGUCGCACCGCCGCGCUAGGCACAAUCAUCGGUUCCGUACUUUCGUCUCGUGCGAGAAUGAACGGAGAAUCAAAGCGAACAACAGAGAAUACAACGCGCAGUUCCGCUAUGCCAGCAACUUCAUCAAGACAUCGAAGUAUUCGAUCAUAACGUUCCUGCCGCUGAAUCUGCUGGAGCAGUUCCAGCGGCUGGCGAACUUCUACUUCUUGUGCCUGUUGGUGCUGCAGCUGAUCCCGGCCAUCUCAUCACUCACACCUAUCACUACUGCGAUACCACUCAUCGGUGUACUUGCCCUCACUGCCGUCAAGGACGCGUACGACGAUUUUCAACGUCAUCAAAACGAUUCACAAGUAAACCACAGGCGGGCGAAGACUCUGCGCAAUGGCAAGCUUGUGGAGGAGAAGUGGGCGUCUGUUCAGGUGGGAGACGUCAUCAGGCUGGAGAACGACCAGUUCGUCGCGGCGGACAUUUUGCUCCUCAGCAGCUCGGAGCCCAACGGUCUCUGUUACAUAGAGACUGCCGAGUUGGAUGGGGAGACGAAUUUGAAAUGUCGUCAGUGCCUUUUAGAGACGGCUGCAAUGGGGCAGGACGACGCACAACUGGGUGCUUUCGACGGUGAGAUCGUCUGCGAAACACCCAACAAUCUACUUAAUAAGUUUGAUGGUACGCUGAGCUGGCGCAACCAGCACUUCUCCCUCGACAACGACAAAAUCCUACUGCGCGGCUGCGUACUACGUAACACGCAGUGGUGUUAUGGCGUUGUUGUAUUCGCCGGGAAGGACACCAAACUCAUGCAGAACUCCGGCAAGACCAAAUUCAAGCGCACCAGCAUAGAUAGGCUACUUAAUUUUCUUAUUAUAGGGAUAGUAUUCUUCUUGCUGUCGAUGUGCGUGUUCUGCACGGUGGCGUGCGGCGUGUGGGAGUGGCUGGUGGGGCGCUACUUCCAGGCCUACCUGCCCUGGGACACGCUGGUGCCGGCCGAGCCCACCUGGGGCGCGCUCGUCAUCGCCCUGCUCGUCUUCUUCUCAUACGCCAUCGUCAUGAACACUGUCGUGCCUAUAUCACUCUAUGUCUCUGUAGAGGUAAUAAGGUUUGCCCAGAGUUUCCUCAUAAACUGGGACGAGAAAAUGUAUUACGAAAAGACUGGUACCGCGGCAAAGGCGCGAACUACCACUUUAAAUGAGGAACUUGGCCAGAUCCAGUACAUAUUCUCAGAUAAAACGGGCACUCUCACUCAGAACAUUAUGACGUUCAACAAGUGUUCGAUAGCGGGCGUUUGCUACGGAGACGUCGUGGACGAAACCACCGGUGAAACUAUAGACCUCGCCGAGAGCUCGGAGCCUUUGGACUUCUCGUUUAACCCUGAAUACGAGCCGGAGUUCAAGUUCUUCGACAGCACACUCCUGGACGCAGUGAAGCGAGGCGACAAGAAUGUCCACGACUUCUUUCGUCUGCUCGCACUGUGUCAUACGGUCAUGCCUGACCAGAAGAACGGCAGGCUGGAGUACCAGAUUAAAAAGUGGAAGUCAAACAGAUGUAAAGUCAAAGACACAGGAACAUUUAAAUGCGUAACAGCAAUAGAAGACAAAUUACAAGACGGUGUACCAGAAACAAUAGCGAAUCUCAGUAUGGCCGGCAUCAAGGUGUGGGUCUUAACCGGCGAUAAACAAGAAACAGCGAUAAACAUCGGCUACUCAUGUCAGUUACUCACAGACGACAUGGCGGAGGUGUUCGUCAUAGACGGCGCCUCGUACGACGACGUGGACAGACAGCUCGCCAAGUGCAGGGACAGUAUACGAGUCGUCAACACAUUCAUGCCUCACGGUUCAUCAGAGGCAAAGUCUCCAGGCGAGGCGAACGGCGGGGCGGGCGUGUCGCGCGCGUCCCCCGGCCGCGCCAAUGUGAAACUGAACGCGCCCGCCGUGUCCGUCGUGACAUUUAGAAAAAAUGGAAACUCGUACUUAGUUUCCAAUAAUCAUCAAGUCCAUAAAUGGAAUGAGCCAGACUGUUACAGCAACGAGUACGUGUCCGGUGGCGCCCCCUACUCGGCCGACUCACACGAACACAACGACGACACCAACGGGUUCGCCAUCGUCAUCAACGGACACUCGCUCGUACACUGUCUGCAUCCUAAACUUGAGGAGAAAUGUAGUAUUACAAUGUCGAUCAGUGAUCUGUUGUCGAGUGACGCCAUUGCAGAAAGCAAUGGUGGUAGAACUCAUAAGAAGAGUCGGAAAGCCGUCACGUUAGCCAUCGGGGACGGCGCUAAUGACGUCUCUAUGAUCAAAGCGGCACACAUAGGCGUGGGUAUAUCGGGGCAGGAGGGCAUGCAGGCAGUGUUGGCGUCCGACUACUCCAUCGCCCAGUUCCGGUUCCUGCAGCGGCUACUCCUAGUCCACGGCCGAUGGUCUUACUAUAGGAUGUGCAAGUUCCUGCGAUACUUCUUCUACAAGAACUUCGCAUUCACCGUCUGUCAUUUCUGGUUCGCGUUUUUCUGCGGAUUUAGUGCGCAGACGGUGUUCGACGAGAUGUUCAUCUCCGUGUACAACUUGUUCUACACGUCGCUGCCGGUGCUGGCGCUGGGCGUGUUCGAGCAGGACGUGUCGGACACGACGUCGCUGCAGUUCCCCAAGCUGUACGCGCCCGGACAUACCAGCCAACUCUUCAACAAGACAGAGUUCAUCAAGUCCACGCUGCAUGGAUGCUUCACCUCGCUCGUCCUCUUCUUAAUACCUUAUGACAAUACAACACAGAUAGCCUUGGAUACGACAUAUUGGACGGUGUUUAACCAUAUAACGAUAUGGGGAUCACUGGUGUCGUACUUCGUUCUAGAUUAUUUCUAUAAUUACGCGAUCGGCGGCCCGUACGUGGGCUCGCUCACGGUCGCGCUCACGCAGGCCACCUUCUGGUUCACCGCCGUCCUCACCAUGAUCAUCCUGAUGGUGCCGGUGGUGUCGUGGCGCCUGGCGUGCUCGUGGACGCGGCCGACGCUGGCGGAGCGGCUGCGCGCCCGCCAGCGGUGGCGCGCCGCCGCGCCCGCCCCGCGCACGCCCUCCGCCCGCCGCGCGCGCCGCUCCGUGCGCUCGGGGUACGCCUUCGCGCACCAGGAGGGCUUCGGCCGCCUCAUCACGUCGGGCAAGAUCAUGCGCCGCAUCCCGCACGCGGACGCGGCGCUGUCGGCGCUGGCGUCGCUGCCCGGCAAGUUCCACGCGCGGCCCGAGCCGCCGGCCAGCCCGGGCCCCGCGGCGCCGAGCCCUGCGGCGCCGCCGGGCCCCUCGCCGCCGGGCCCUGCGCGGGCGCCGACGCAGAACCUGGCGACGGUGGACUUAUGAGUGCGCCCGGCGCCGCGCGCGCCCCCCAUUGUGAUAACGUCGGUAGAGUUAAACUUCGUUUGUCCUACUAUUGCCUAUUGAAUUAUAUUUGUUGAUCGAGAUUAUAUAUUGAUAGAUAUUUAUCGCGGCCCGCGGAGGGUCGCUCGUGCGACUCCGUUGUUUUUUACUCGUGUCGUUUCGUUCGUUGAGUUUGUCGGUCCGGGCGUCCGGUCCCGGUGAAAUGUGCAUUUAGACGAGCCGUCGAUAUCGCCGGCAGUGAAAACGCGACAUGACUUGUAUUAUUAAUAUUAUUUUCAGAACGUUAUGUUAGUGCCAAAGGAGAAUAAACAACAGUUGAACUGUCUAUAAAUGUAUAGAAUAUUUAUGUCAGAAUGUAUUAUCUAUUCAAUCAAAAUGUUGUUGUUAUUAUUAUAUUUUGCCAUAGUCAAAAUUCAACAAAUUAUAAUGUUUGUUUUGUCAACUUUCUUAUUGUAAAAUUAUCAAAGCUGAUUAUGUACUUAGGACAUCUUACAUAAAAGUAUUAAUUUAAAAUAAAAUAUGAUGAAUCUACGUAAUUUAUGUGAAUCAAAAAGAUUGUAAAAAAUUAAAACAUGUAGCGUUUUAACUGCAUGUGAAUAUUAUGAUCAACAUUUGCUUUGGAAUCAGUUUUUUAAUAAAAAAAU